AUGCGAAAUCGAGCCAUCAAUUUAACCAAGUAUCUAAAAUAUUCAACGCUUACCAGAAAUAGUGAAUUUCUACGAUUCUCGAGCUAUUUUAAGUUACCAAAGAAAAUCAAUAAUUGUCGUAAUCAACUAUAUCAUAAUAAAUAUUCAUUAUCAAUUCCAAAAAUCAAGAAUGUCACAACAUCCGUUAAUGAGUUGGUAGUGAACUGGAGUGAUAAUACAGACUCGCAUUAUAGUUAUAUUUGGCUUCGUGAUAACUGUAAUUGUGUGGAAUGUAUUCAUCCAGCGAGUCGUCAAAAAUUACACUCAAGUGCACAAAUACCAUUAAAUAUAGAGCCAAUAUCGACUAUUUCGUACGAUGAAGGGAUUGAAAUUUUAUGGGGAAAGGAGUUAUUAAAAGAUGUAUUGAAUUCACCAUCGAAAAAUGCAAUACAUCAUAAAAGUAUUUACACUCCAGAUUUUCUUCACUCUUACAAAUCGACUCGGAAUAUUUUAUCGAAAAGAUUUAAUGAUUUACCCAUUACUCAUUGGGAUGCAUCCUUAAUGCGAUCUAAAAAUUUAUGGGUCAACUAUGAUGAAUUCAUCAAUUCUGAUCGAGAAUUAUUAUCUGCAUUAAAACAAAUAUGGAAUUAUGGAUUAGUUUUUCUCAGAGAUGUCCCGGCGUUUAAUUCGUUAGAUGGAAAAGAAGGAAUAAUUAAGGUAGUGGAACGAAUCGGAUCAUUGCAAAAUACUAUUUAUGGAAGUAUAUGGGAUGUCAAAAGUAAACCGGAUUCGCGAAAUAUUGCUUAUACGGAAUUAGAAUUAGGACUACAUAUGGAUUUAUUAUACUAUGAGGCAUCACCUGGACUUCAAUUUCUUCAUUGUCUUAAGAAUACAGUAAAUGGAGGCAAAAGUAUUUUCGCUGACUCUUUUAUGGCAGUCACUCGUUUACAACAACAAUACCCAAAAGAUUACGAGAUAUUGACCAAAGUUCCUAUGACAUUUCAUUAUAUCAAUGAUGGGCAUUUCAUGCAUUUCAAUCGACCAGUAAUCGUAAUAGAUCAAGCAAACGAUUCGAUGGUGGUAAACUAUUCACCUCCAUUCCAGGGGCCAAUUGAGACUGGAUUUGAAAAUAAUGAUAAUAACCAUUCACCAAUCAAAAAUGGAGAAAUUCCGAUGAGAGAAUUCUAUCGUGCAUUUCAACGAUUUUCCUCACUUGUUGAAGCUCCGGAAUUACGAUUUGAGUUAUUGUUAAAUUCCGGUGAGUUGGCAAUUUUCGCUAACCGUCGAGUAUUGCAUGGUAGACGAAGAUUUGAUGCUGAAAGCGGUGAAAGGCAUUUAAAAGGAGCUUAUUUGGAUAUGUCUGAAUUCAAAGAUCGGCUUAGAGUUUUGCUAAUGAAUGAAAAUCAAAAGAAACUCUAG